UAAAAAAAAAAAAAAAGGGGGAAAAACAAAAUAUCGAGUGGCAACCGUUGGCACCGGAUAAACUGAUAAUCUUGCCCAUGAAUUCUCAAUGGCCGCGGCAAAUUUUGCACCACCACUCCACCACCGCCAUCGACAUCAUCCGCGGCUCUACCUGUCCGGUUGCUCACCCCCAAAUUCAAGUUCAUUGCUGAUAUCAAGAGCAUGGUUUCUCAGGAGAAAACCAGCACUCUCCUCUUCUUUCUGGGUCUUAAUUGAGCCCACGAGAAACACUCAUGGCCAGCUAACCCAUUGCUCUCCCUCCCCUUCUUCUCCUUCUACUUCGCCGGAAGUUAGUGCCCCCACGGCUGAGUCGUGUAUCAACUUGGGUCUUUCCCUGUUUGCCAAAGGACGGGUUAAAGAUGCUUUGGCUCAGUUUGACACUGCUCUUACUUUGGAUCCCAACCCUGUGGAAGCUCAAGCUGCUCUGUACAACAAAGCCUGUUGUCAUGCCUACAGGGAGGAAGCAAAGAAAGCUGCCGACUGUUUGCGCACAGCUUUGAGAGAAUACGACCUCAAGUUUGGCACCAUAUUAAAUGAUCCUGAUUUGGCCUCAUUUAGAGCAAUGCCCGAAUUCAAGGAGUUGCAAGAAGAGGCUAGAUUGGGUGGAGAAGACGUAGGCUACAGUUUCCGGAGGGAUCUUAAACUCAUCAGCGAGGUCCAAGCUCCAUUCCGUGGGAUAAGGAGAUUUUUCUAUGUGGCACUGACGGCCGCUGCAGGAAUUUCAUUGUUAUUCACCAUACCUAGGCUGCUCCGUGCUAUUCAAGGGGGUGAUGGUGCUCCUGGCCUAUUGGAGACUUCGGGAAAUGCAGCAAUAAACAUAGGAGGUAUCAUUGUUCUUGUGGCUUUAUUUUUUUGGGACAACAAGAAAGAGGAGGAACAACUUGCACAAAUUACAAGGAACGAAACUCUAUCAAGGCUGCCUCUGCGCCUUUCAACUAACAGGAUUGUGGAACUUGUUCAGCUACGAGACACAGCAAGGCCUGUUAUUUUGGCUGGCGAUAAAGAAACAGUUGCUUCAGCCAUGCGGAAGGCUGAGAGGUUCCGAACAGAGCUUCUUAGGAGAGGAGUUAUUCUGGUUCCUGUUGUAUGGGGCCAGGGCAGAGAACCACAAGUGGAAAGAAAAGGCUUCGGCCUUUCUCCAAAGGCAACUGCAUCACUUCCAUCUAUAGGGGAAGAGUUUGAUAAGCGAGCUCAGUCUAUAGUUGCACAAUCAAAAAUUAAAGCAGAGAUUCGAUUCCGAGCGGAAGUGGUGUCACCUGCUGAAUGGGAAAGGUGGAUCAGAGAUCAACAGAAGUCUGAAGGCAUAACUCCUGGCGAAGAUGUGUACAUAAUUCUCCGUCUAGAUGGUCGUGUUCGGAAAUCGGGGCGGGGGAUGCCUGAUUGGCAAGAAAUUGUGAAGGAAGUACCCCCAAUGGAAGCAUUUUUGAGCAAGCUAGAAAGAUAAUGCAAGUUCUACGGGAUUGUUAGUGCAUUCAAGGUGAAUAUACAGAUCACUUAGCUUAAUUGGUCUUCUAUUCAACUUAUGACUAUAUAUCUGAAUUUCUUCUGACAAAUCUCAUAAAUUUGCUUCCAAAAUUGAUCUUUCCCGUGUGCACAUUGAUUUCUUCAUAUAUUCAGAUUUGUAGAGUGAUUGUAAUAUUUUUCUAUUAGUUAAAAGAAUGUGAUAUCAUUUAUUUGAA